CACACUCUGAGCACUACAUACCGGAAGUAAGAAAGAGAAACAGCCAGCUGACAAAAACAAGGAAGUAAACGUUGUCGAACAGGAUUUUAGAGUUGUCUUCGUCGUCGUUUAUUGUUUCUUUGCUACAGAAGUCAUCUUGGAUUUUAGUUUUUACACAGACUCGAUUUCAUUUCAUUUAAAGAAGAGGAAAGAGGCAGAGGGACACCCGGACGAGGAAGUAAGCGCGAACCCGCAGCCUGCAGCGGUCUGAGCGGUUUGUGCGCACAGGCUUUGAGGAUUUUUGACCCAGACUCCUUCCAGCCAGCAUGGAUCAUAAAGAGGAACCGCUGAGGCAAGAGGAGUUGCCACAGAUGGAUGGUUUGUGUGAUGCAUGUGAGCCAGAUGAGGCCCAGCCAGCGACACAGGUGUGCCACACCUGCAGCUUUGCCUUUUGCCCUGUCCAUGGGGAUAAACACGCCAGCAGAACACGUCACACGCUAAUGCCUUACAGCAACAACGGGACACAAGCAGACAGAGACUCCGAAAUUGAUGGGGAAGCUUCAGCAUUAGGAGUGGAUGUUGCAGCUGUAAUGGGUGCAGAUCAGGGAGUGGCGGGGGCCAAUAGGGGUGAGAAUAGGGAUGCAAGAGAUGGAGAACACGCACAGAAUCAUUUGCAUCCAGAUUUGAAGCCUGGGGAAGUAGCUGAGGAUGCUGAAGCAGGACAAGAAGCUAUGGCUGCAGGAGAAGCUGGGAAGAGGGAUGCUGUGACAGUGGAAAGGCUUCGUUGCAAGGAGCACGGAGAAGAAGGCUCCCUCUAUUGCAAACCUGAUGAGCAGAUCAUCUGUGUGGUGUGUGCUGUGCAGGGUGAGCACAGGGAGCAUGAGAUCAUUACUCUGCAUGAGGCCUACGCGUGGCAGAAGAGCAGGCAGGGUUAUGACCUCCUGGACUUCACACAACAAAUGGCUGAAAGGAUCAAAACCAAGUGGACCAACCCAGAGAUGUCCACAGAGGAACUAGAAGAAUACGUGAACAGUCAAUUUGAAGAGCUCCAUCGACUGGUUCGUCUGGAGGAGAAGAGAACCCUUCACCUGGUCGACCUCAAAGAAGCAUUCCUCACGGCUUCUGCAGCUGAGAAAAUAGCUGAGAUCACUGCUGAAACAGAAAAACUGCAGGAAGAGAUGGACAGCAUCACACACCAGCUGUGCCUGCUGGAACAGGCGGAAACGGCUGGGCCUGCAGUGGCAGCAGAGGUUCUUGUAGCAGCUCCUGGACCAGCCCACAGACUGCUGAACGACAUUGAAGCCAGGCCAAGGUUGCCAGAGCCAAGGGCAAAUCCCAUGGACCGUCAGGACUUUGAGGACAACGAUUCUGGACCGUCCAUGGACCACGCCCCCUGAUAUGAUCAAACAGACUCCUUGUCCAUCCAUCUGUCCUUCAUAAUCUGCUCCAUCCAGCUGUCGGGCCAGCCUCCUACCCCCAUUCCUUGGCAAUAAACUGACCUUGAGAAAGGCUGCUGUGACAAUUAUGGAUGACUACAUCUUUUCUACUUUUUUUAAAAUUCCUCACUAGCUACAAACUUUCAUUAAUUGGAGCGUGCAAGUUAUGUGCAAUCAAUUACCAUCAGGCUCAAUUUCCGCAGCCAGUCAGAGUCUUGGCUCGCUGGUGAGGCUGGCUGACUCGGAGAGGGGCUCGGAUAGGCAGCUGAGCACAACAUCUGUUAAACCCAGCAGAUGUCAGGGGGUUGACACUGUGCUUUAUACUCUUCAUUCAUUUGCAAUAUCACUUAGCUUCUUCCAUUUAGACACUCUCUGAUAAACAAAAUGCCUUAUGUCUUAAAGAGAUUCCAUUAAACAUAAUGUUUUUAGGGUUUUACGAUGAUUUUAGAACAAACGAUGGAUACGUGUCCCGCGGCCUUUUCCCUUUGCUGUUCCGAAUGAUUUUUUUCACACUUCCUUGUGUGCUUGUUGGAUCUAUUAUAGGGAUCGGGGGACGUUUUGACACCUAUUGACCAGUAAGCACCGCUGAAUCUUUGUUAGAUAAAAAUCGAAGUGCAUUUUGGCUAUGUGAAAAGGUGCAUUGUGCACAUUUAUCAACUGUGUGUGUGUGUGUGUGUGUGCGUGCGUGCGUGCGUGCGUGCGUGCGUGCGUGCGUGCGUGCGUGCGUGUGUGUGUGUGUGUGUGUGUUAAUGUAAAGGGUCAUUACUCCCAGCCAGCCUGCAGCAUAUGACAGAUUACGGUCGAGAGAAACGUAUGCAGUUCUCACUUUGACCUGCUCAGUCACAGCUCUCCCUCGUGAUGCGCUGCUCACGUUUUUGUGAACAUAUCACCAGUUUGUUUCCUUUAUGAUUUAUUCCGUUGGCUUAAAUAUCAGAUCUAAGGGUUUCAUUAAUGUAAGUGUGAUGAGUUUAACGAUGACAUGAUGCCACCGCUGUGGCGCUGCAUAGACACACUGAAGCUGCACACCUACCAGGGGAAUUGUUGGUGUGUCAACAGCCUAUUGAAACAAACCAGCAGGAGCCUAUCCUGUAUUCUGCUGCGACAUCAGACGGUGGUCUCAGUGAUGUUUUCGUCUCUUUUUAAUUAGUCUAUUUUGGUUUAAAAUCUAUAAAUAAAGAGGUUGCUUUUGAGAUCGGAUGUAGACUCUGA